CUUCCUCUAACAAGUCGUCGCCUGGGCCUCGUCGCCCCCCCUCGGCACAACGACCUCGACCCUCCCCCAUUCCCCGCGCGGCGCGACCAUGGCGAGCCGCGGCUGGCGUCGUCCGCUCGCCUCGCUGCCAGCCCUCGCCCUGGCCCUCCUUCUCCUCGCCGUCGCUGCCGCCGCGGCCGGAUCCCCCGACCGGACCGCCCCUUCGCGGCCGCCGCUGGUGCUCCCGCUCACGCUCUCCUACCCCAACGCGAGCCGGGUCGCGUCGUCCAGGUCCAGGCGAGGGCUCGCCGAAGGAGGUCACCCAAGCGCCCGCAUGCGCCUCCACGACGAUCUCCUCACCAACGGGUAUUACACGACGCGGCUGUACAUCGGGACGCCCCCGCAGGAGUUCGCGCUGAUCGUCGACUCCGGGAGCACCGUCACCUACGUGCCCUGCGCCUCCUGCGAGCAGUGCGGCAACCACCAGGAUCCAAGGUUUCAACCUGAUCUCUCCAGUACAUAUUCACCAGUAAAAUGUAAUGUUGAUUGCAAUUGUGAUAGUGAUAAGAGCCAGUGCACUUAUGAGAGGCAGUAUGCUGAAAUGAGCUCCAGCAGCGGGGUACUUGGUGAGGACAUUGUGUCGUUUGGCACAGAAAGUGAACUUAAGCCACAGCGUGCUGUUUUUGGCUGUGAAAAUUCCGAAACUGGAGAUUUGUUCAGCCAGCAUGCUGAUGGCAUAAUGGGGUUGGGCCGUGGUCAACUUAGCAUAAUGGAUCAGCUUGUUGAUAAGGGUGUCAUAAGUGAUUCAUUCUCUAUGUGCUAUGGUGGAAUGGAUAUUGGUGGUGGUGCUAUGGUACUGGGUGCAAUGCCUGCCCCUCGUGACAUGGUAUACACACAUUCAAACGCUGUCCGCAGCCCAUAUUACAACAUUGAGUUGAAGGAAAUACAUGUUGCUGGAAAGCCAUUGCGGGUAGACCCAAGGAUCUUUGACGGUAAACAUGGGACUGUCUUGGAUAGUGGGACCACAUAUGCAUACCUCCCAGAACAAGCUUUUGUAGCUUUUAAAGAUGCUGUGACAAGCAAGGUCCAUCCUCUCAAGAAAAUCCGUGGACCUGACCCAAAUUACAAGGACAUCUGCUUUGCGGGUGCUGGAAGGAACGUCUCCCAGUUAUCAGAGGUAUUUCCAAAGGUUGACAUGGUAUUUGGAAAUGGACAGAAGCUCUCACUUUCACCUGAAAAUUAUUUAUUCCGGCACUCCAAAGUCGAAGGGGCUUAUUGCCUGGGUGUGUUCCAAAAUGGGAAAGAUCCAACAACUCUAUUAGGUGGAAUCGUUGUUCGUAAUACCCUUGUAACCUAUGACCGCCACAAUGAAAAGAUUGGAUUUUGGAAAACUAACUGUUCAGAGUUGUGGGAGAGACUCCAGAGUGGUGGGGCUCCUUCACCAGCUCCUUCAAGUGAUCCAGGUUCACAAGCAGAUUUAUCGCCAGCUCCUGCUCCAAGUGGUUUGCCAGAAUAUGAUGUUGGUCUCAUCGCUGUUUAUAUGUCGAUAAAUGUUACGUAUCCAAACCUGAAACCUCACCUACAUGAGUUGGCUGAGCUGUUGGCUAAAGAGCUGGAGAUAGAUUCCAGUCAGGUACGACUUAUGAAUGUUACUGGGCAGGGAAACUCUACUCUAAUCAGAUGGGACAUUUUCCCAGCUGGAUCUUCUAAUUCUAUGUCUAAUGCAACAGCAAUGGGUAUCAUUUAUCGGCUGACUCAACAUCAUGUUCAGUUGCCUGAACAUCUUGGCAGUUAUCAGUUACUCGAGUGGAAUGUGCAGCAACCUGUAUCGAGAAGGUCAUGGUUGCAGGAACAUGUUGUCUCCAUACUGGUUGGAGUCUUGCUAGUUGUUUUCCUGUCUUUAUCGGCCUUUUUAGGACUGUAUCUCUGGAGAAAGAAAUUUAGAGGUCAAGCUGCAUAUAGACCUGUGGGCUCAGUGGGGCCUGAGCAAGAACUCCAACCGCUAUAAUAUUGGAGCUCUUUGACUGGGCAACAAAUAGGUAAUUCUUUGGUAGGGACACUAUUAUGUGGGCUACCAUAUUGCGGCGGUACACAUCUGCUGUUGGAGUAGCCCUUUUCCUUUGUAUGUAACACAAAGCAUCUAGCUUACAGAAGAAGCACAUGAUGACAUGACUUGUUGGUUCAAAACUUAGAGAAUUAGUUCAUAAACUAUCUAGCAAUUCAGAUCAAGAGCUCCCUCUUGAGGCUUACUGUAGAAGAAGGUUUUGUUCAUGUAAUGUAGAUUAAAUAGAAUAGACCAGACACAAAUCACACUGGUGGAUGCAAUGUUGUAAUAUCUAUUUGAUAAGAGCCGAAAACCUUUUUUUGCUUCA